ACAACCAGGCAACAGAGAAGGAUGUGAGUGGAGGCUUUCCAGGCAGGAAACCUGAAAUAAUGCAGAGAGCAGAAGGGAGGCGGUCCUCAUGAGAUGUUUGUCCUUUUAUCUGGCUGAUUUCCAGCCCCCAAAUAGCUCUUAUGUCUACUCCAAAAAUAAGAUCACAUGAAGGGGAAAAAUAAAUACCCAAGUGCUUGUCCUUUAGAGUCCUCAGUGGGCUCCCUGACGUCAUCCACACUUUGUCAGGGCCUCACCGCUGUGGCUUUUACAAUUAGCUCAGCUCCCACAGUCCGCCUUGCCGAACUGGCCCCCCACCCAGGAGCUUCAUCAGAUAUUGGCUCGGGGUGUGGUAUUACACUCAGCAUUCCUCCUGGGAGCUCUGAGUAUUUUUCCUCAUGAGCCCUAUUUACAGCUAGAGAGGGAACCUGUGAGAGAGAGGGCAAGUAGAUCACUUAGUCCCUGACCUCAGGAGGCUGAGGGUAGCGGUCUCUAUUUAAGGGAACUCCCUUCUCCAGAGCGUGAGUGGAGACUCCCUUCCUCCUGCAGCCUAGAGGCUCCUGUUCUUGAUUGUUCAGUGCUUGAUGUAGAAGCGGACCCUGAAAAGUGCGUCAGAGCCAAAGGAAGGAGAAUUCUGGGACCAGUAGCUUGCUCUGUGGCACUGGCUGGAGGAAUUCCAGCAACCUGAUGUGCAUGCCAUAGCUCGCCACCUUUCUCCACAAGGAGCUGCAAUAAGUCAGAAGUUUCUGAAGCCAGUAAAGGGUUUCUGAGGAGGCAGAAGCCUGAAGCAGCAGCAGCAGCAGCAGCAGUAGCAGCACCAGCACCCAACCUUAGCGACAAAGGGAAACUACAGAUCUUGAGGCAAAAGGGAAAAAAGCAAGGGAGUGAUCCUACCUUUUCCACUGAUUGGGGUAACAGAGAGGCAGCCCUAGUUCCUGCUUCUACAGUCUCGAAGGGGCACAUAAGCAGCUGAGGCAUGGCCGAAGGGGAGAUCACAACCUUCACAGCCCUGACUGAAAGAUUUAACCUGCCACUGGGGAAUUACAAGAAACCCAAGCUUCUCUACUGUAGCAAUGGGGGCCAUUUCUUGAGGAUCCUUCCUGAUGGCAAAGUGGAUGGGACACGGGACAGAAAUGAUCAACACAUUCAACUGCAGCUGAGCACGGAAAGUGUGGGUGAGGUGUAUAUAAAGAGCACUGAGUCUGGCCAGUAUUUGGCUAUGGACACCGAUGGACUUUUAUAUGGCUCACAGACACCCAGUGAAGAAUGCUUGUUUCUGGAGAGGUUGGAGGAGAAUCAUUACAACACCUACACAUCGAAGAAGCAUGCAGAGAAAAAUUGGUUUGUUGGUCUCAAGAAGAAUGGAAGCUGCAAAAAGGGUCCCAGGACUCACUACGGCCAGAAAGCCAUCCUGUUCCUUCCCCUCCCUGUGUCCUCUGAGUAAGGAAAUCUAAAUCAGGUGUUGGCCACUCCAGAACAAUCCCAGGAAUCUCAAACACCUCUUUCCCCCACUUCUGGAGCUCUGAAUGUCCCUUUGCCUAUUGGGUAGCCUGGCCCUGCGAUUAACAGCCACCUCUAUUUGCAAGCUAUGUGCUUUUAAAUUCCUAGUCCCUCUUAUGCAAAGCUGUUUGCGCUAGUAAAACCCGGCACAAAUGGACCAAAAUGCUGCUAGGGCCAACAGGCCAGGCUGUCCCGGGCUGUGUUUUGAUUUUCCAUUGUUAUGUGGAUCUCAGCAGCAGGACAGGCCUCUCAAAUGCAAAGGUGCAUGCAUGGGGCCAAAUGAAGUGUGUUAAGGGGCAUGCCAAAUGAGUCAUUAGUAACUGCAUACAAUUCCUCUCUGAGGGAGCAAACCCCAUCUGCUCUUUUCCCCAAACACCUGGCUCAAAGCCCUCUUCCUUUUAACACCCCACAAAUAUUAACAGAGUAACUUAUUACAAGAUUGGGGGUGGGCCACCCACAGAAAGCAGGAUCAGGGAUGCAGAACCAAGUGGAUGUGAAAGGACUGUAAAUGGGAAAGGCCAGACAAGAAUCCUCUGGAAGGGGGAGAAGGGAAUAAUUGAGAGAAAUCUUUAUGCUUCUUUAACCUUACAAGGUAUUAAGAAGAAUGUUGCUGGGAAGGCAAGAUACCAAAGAAGGGUUUUAGAUUGGGCACAAGAUGAGGCUGAUCUGAAAGAGCAGGAAAAUCAAGCACUGAUCAGUUAAGGGGAAGAUUGUAAAAAAGGGGGAAAUCUACUGUCCAGUAUCCUUCAAGCAGGAGGAGUUCAGAAAAGAGAAGGAAGGAAAAAGUAACUAUAUAAAUAGAGGAGCCUUUCACCCUUUAGGAACAGAAGUCAGAGUAUUAUAGAGCUAGAAAAGACCUUAGAGGUUAUUUAAUCUAGUCUCCAGAGGAAACCGAGGCCAAGAUCAGUUAAGUGAGUUGCCGGAGGUGACCACGUAGCUAGUAAAUAGUAGAGGCAAGAUUUGAUUUCUGGUUCCCUGACUCCAAAUCCAGUGUUCUUCCCACUACAUAGAGUCUGUAGACCCUGGUGUGUAGAGAUGUUGGGAACCUUAAUGAAUGUGAAUGAGCAGAAGAGAGCUAAGGAGCUGCAGAAUAACUCUGAGUCCUGAAAUUCCAAUGAAACUUUGCAAAGAGACCAUCUCCCUUUCAACCAGUCACCUGAAAUUGAAAACUCCUACUUUUAGGGGGUUCCCCAACCACUUCAAGGAACUGUUUAUCAUACAUAUGCCUACAUUAAAAAAAAGUGAAAGCAAGUAAUAAAACAGAAUUGUAGCAUAGGAUGUAGGGUACCAAUAUCCAGUAAUGGGUCAUUCUUCUUUCAUGAUUUCACAGAAGAGUCCAGCAGACUGUCCAACCUUAGUUUGGCUUCUCCCAGGAUCUCAUUGCCAUGGCAGCCCACUCCCAGGGUCAUGACUGCACUGACCAGGGCUGCCACCCCUGCCUGACCACCACCAACUCAGCAUAUUUGCCCCAGUUUCAAAGAUGUAACUAGGAAUUCCAGCACCCAGGGAAAGUAAAGAAUGUCUAUGUGUGGAUUGAAGGCAAUGUACAUUAUCAAUAUAAUUUGUCCCCGGACCUAAUGUGGGCAAUUUAUUCUUGUUAAAGUUACAUUGGUUCUACCGUGGGGAAAGAGAGCAUGGCCUAGAGGGACAAGACCACUAAGGUGGGAUUGGUCAAGGCAGUGAAGGAAAAGGAAUGGGAGUAGGAAUGAUUCCCAUGAACAGGGCUCUGGAGGAGGACUGUAGCAAGCACGAAGGAUGCCUCCCUCCCAAGAUGUUGGUAUUCUAGCCACUCCAUGCUAAUUGUCGUUCUGCCAGGCACAAAAAUUCCUAGUUCCUGCUCUAGAAAAAAUAUUGACUUCAAGUCCUCCACUAACGGUGAGAGAGUACCUUUUGGGCAGUAUCUAGAGGACAAAAAUGCACUCUUCACAAAGGGUACAACUCUACCAAAGGCAUAGUAUUUCCAUUAUUAUUAAUAUGCUUCUUGCUUGAAGUAAACCCUGAACCACGUGGCUAGCAGACUAGUACAAAUAUUCCUCAUCUCUGACUUACAAUACUGGUAUCUUGUUAAAUAACUUUACUAUUCCAUAUUAUUUAUUGAGAGCAUACAUUUUAAUCACAUACAUAAUCUAGAAACCACCUGCAGUUAAACCUCAUUAGUAUUCACUUAUUAAGGAUGACGGCAAUAUCAUAUGAUAGUCAAUUCUCUAGAACUCAUAUUAUGCUUACUCACAGAAGAAGAAUCUCUUUCUCUGUCUUUGGUUUCCAUUGUGCUGCUAUGAAUUCUCUAUCAGAAAAAAAGGGUAUCUUGUCUAAGACAGAGGAGAACAACAGCCCAUCUUUGAGCAAGGUCUCAUGGACCUUGAACAAAGCUUGUUUGAAGCUUCCAUCACAGGUUUUUGUGAGAGAGCUGAGCCAAUGCAAAGUGAGAAAACACCUUAGCAACAGGACUGUCACAUUCAGAUUGGAAGGAAAGCUUACAGCUCCCAGAAAAGGUGUUUAAAGUCACCGUGCUGCUGAAUAAUUCAAAUAAAGUGGCUAAGACUGUAAUUAAUGAUGCCACACUACACUCCUUUCCCUUCUGUGAUCUCCCUUUAUCCUUUCACAUCAAUUAUCCCAUUCAGUCCUUUAAUAAACCCCACCAAGGAGCUAGGAAUGAUAGUACAAUCUUGGAUAAUAUCUCUUUGCCAUUCUAUCUGUGCCAGAUUAAAUUUAUCCAAAGAGGAAAUUCAAGGGAUUUCUAAUAGUCUGUAAUGAUCUGUUGUUGAGCUUAGCUCACGAAUCAUUAAAUGCUGUUGCUAACUAAUGAGGAAAGACUGUGAUUUUAGAGGCAGACCCAGUUGCUUAUUGUCACAGAACCCAUUGUGAUGCUGCCAUUAAUCCAGUAAUUUACUUCUUUCUUGACUGUGCUCUGGACCAAAGCUACAGCUAGAAGAAGCUAGAGAAUCAAAGGACUGUGGACUAAAAGCUAGAAGUGACCACAGAAAGCCAUCUAGGUCAGCUUCUCCUAAAUGUUAUGGAUAAGAUACUGAGGCCCAGAAGGGUCAAGGGUCACAGAUUUAGAAAAUAACAUAACUGGGAUUUGCACCCAGGGCCUCAGGCUCUAGACCCAUUACUGUUUCUAUGGCACCGCUCUGCCAGUACUUGAGACUCCACCACCCUGAAGCAGAGUUUUUUCCAUAAACUGAUUCAGUUUGCUUUCAUGACUAACAAAAAUCUAUAGGGACAUGGGGUGACAACAAUUUGGGACACAGUUGCCAAGUCAUGUGACCUGGCUGCUUUGUGCCUGGGAUGACUCAUUCUGCAUUAACACCAAAUUUUGCCAUUACGAGCUCUCCCAGGGCAUGAUGCUUGUUAUAUAAGAAACAUAUUGCAGAUCUAAUCCUUUCUGUUAUGCAAAAAUUGGUGGCCUGAUUCAUUCAUUUUAUUCGGUUGACUGAGGAAAUGAAAUUGAGUACCAGAUGUCCCGUUCUCUAAAGAUCUAGCAGUUUCCAUCAGUGGAAAAAGCUCAUGUUAUCACCUAAUAUAAUGUCCCCUCCUUAGAUCUUCCAAGGGCGAGUCAGGCCAAGAGGAUAGCUUUCUAAUUACAAAAAGAAAAAUUACCCAAACCUACUGGUCUUGGGCUUGACUCCUUCUUUCCUUGCUCCAUUUGGAACUUUCUCUGGUUUAUUAUUGAGAAUGGCUCCCCUCCCAUUAUUUUUUAUUUCCCUUAUGUGUAUCCUUGUCUCUGACCUGUCUGUAACAUGUCCCUGUUUGUAAAUCCAUCCCAUGAUGUAGUAUUUUACAUUCCUGUCCUAUUUACUUGUCAAGAGCCCUUGUGUUUUCAAUUGCUUAGUAUUGUUACUUUUUUCUCCAGCCAUGGUGACAGAUGUGGCCCCUUUGGGACCAACAAUGCACAAAGCAGGUGCAAGACAGUUGACAUGGGCUAGGGUGCAGGCUGGAGCUAAAGCAGAAGCUUUCCUUUGAAUGAUGGGAAACUGACUAGUCCUCAUAAGGUAUGAAAGUGAGGGCCUGGACUCUGUACCCAGCUAAGGGGCUGUAGGUAAAGUCUAGCCAUGGAAAUGUGUGGUUCUCCUUUUUGUAUGUGUGACUCAGCACCUUACCAAAACUCAAUAAAAGUUCAAUAAUGGAAUAA